CCGUCCGGAGCCAGAGCAGAGCAGACGGACGCCUCCCUCCUGCCGCUGAGGAAGGAAGGAAAGAAGGAAGUCGGUCGGGCAGCGAUGGGGUCUCCCGCGAGGGGCUUGGCCUUUCUCUUCUUCUUCUUCUUCUUGCUGGCGGGGCCGCCCUUGGCGCCGGGGGCGGCGGAGGGGCCUCCAGGCGAGUUCUUCUUGUUACAACAGAGGCCCGAGUGCUUCUUCUCCAACGGGACCGGCGGUGCUGGCGGAGAGGAACCCCAGGUGCUCCUCCUGAACCGGCUGAUCUACGACCGGCGGGAACUGGUCCGCUUCAACAGCACCCUGGGACGGUUCGUGGCCCUCGCGCCCAUGGUGGAGUCCUACGUGGACAGGUUGAACCGGGACCCAGAUGAGCUGCGGAGAUUUAUGUCCGGCGUGGACGUCUUCUGCCGACACAACUACGGCAUCUUCGACCCCUUCGCCCUCGGCAGGAAGAUUCAGCCCAAGAUGAGGAUCACCAGCGACUACAGGGCCUCCUCUCGCUACACUUUGCUGAUUUGCUUCGUGGACAGCUUUUUUCCAGUCAAGAUCAAAAUCAGGUGGUUCAGGAAUGGGAAGGAGGAAAAAGGGGACCAAGUGAUGACUUCGGGCCUCAUCGACAACGGAGACUGGACUUACCAGAUGCAUGAGAUGCUGGAGACACAGCCGGAGAAGGGAGACGUCUACGCCUGCCAAGUGGAGCACACCAGCUUCGCCAGCCCUGCCUCCAUCGAGUGGAGGCCUCAGUCAGACUCUGCCAAGAGCAAGAUGUGGACGGGGGUUGUGGGGCUGGUCCUGGGGGUGGUCUUUGUGGCUGCGGGGCUCACCCUCUACUUCAAGAAAGCCCUCAGGCGAUUUUGGCCCUGAUUGGACCCUUCUCCUUUUACUUCCCACUUGGCUGUGCCGUGCCCCAGACCACAGUGGGACUCAUGGAAUAGAUUCGGCUUCCUUCCUUUGCCAAAGAAGACCCCGCUUCCCUCCUCCCUGCCAUCAGCCUUGGCCCGGCUCCACGGGCGCAAACAUCCAAAGAUGGACCCAGCAGUGGUCCGUCCUCCUCCUUCGCUUGCAUUCCUUUGGAGGCCUUUUCUGGAAGACGGGCUGCAUCUUGGAGUGGCCUCGGCUCUCUUUCAUUGCAAAGGGGGGCUUCCUUGGGGAUGGGGGGGGGGUAAAUUUAGAGAAUCUUAUUGGAGAGAAAGGCUUGCUGGUGGAAACCCCCUCCUCGUCCAAGGGGAGUCCUCUUUGAUCCCAGUGCUGCCCUGUUUCUCCUGCGGCACCAAAGGCCCUCCUUUGGCAAAUGGCACUGCAAAUCCCCCCUGCUUCCCAGAGCUAGCAAGACUCUUUUUGUAGCCGCAAACUGUGAUCACAAUUUUUCUCUGUGCCUCUGUCAAUAAAGAGAUGCCUUCUCCUUC